ACCCCUGUCUGUGCACUUCUCCAGCCCCCUGUCCACCGUUUUCUCUCUCUCUCUCUCUCUCUCUCUCUCUCUCUCUCUCUCUCUCUCUCUCUCUCUCUCUCUCUCUCUCGCUCUCUCUCUCUCUCUUCUCGCUCGAUAUUCAGGAACGACUAGUGAGCAGCAACGCGCACUAGUUCUGGGAGUCCGCACCAAGUUUGUGACUUGGAAUAAACGAGACACUUCUAAAAAGCGCAGCGUCGAGAGGAGCCUUAACCCGUCUAGUGAUAGGGGAAGAGCAGAUUUAAAGACGUAUAUUCCCCAAAGACAGCGCCAUGAGUCGCAGCAUUGUGCGCCAGAGUAAAUUCCGGCAUGUUUUUGGGCAAUCGGUGAAAGCGGAUCAAAGUUAUGAUGAUAUCCGGGUUUCCAAAGUGACAUGGGACAGUUCCUUCUGUGCAGUUAACCCAAAGUUUCUGGCAGUUAUAGUGGAGUCCAGUGGAGGCGGGUCCUUUCUGGUUCUGCCGCUAUCAAAGGUGGGUCGAGUGGACAAAAACUAUCCUCUAGUGAUUGGACACUCAGGGCCUGUUCUAGACAUUGACUGGUGUCCUCACAAUGACAAUAUCCUGGCCAGCUGCUCUGAAGACACCACUUCCAUGGUAUGGCAGAUCCCUGACCACACUCCCUCUCGUCCCAUCAGCGAGCCCAUUGUGGUGCUGGAGGGUCACUCUAAACGCGUGGGCAUCAUUAAAUGGCACCCCACUGCCCGCAACAUACUCCUCACUGCAGGCAGUGAUAAUCUGAUCAUCAUCUGGAAUGUGGGCACUGGAGAACCCUUGAUGACACUGGAUGACCAUCCUGACCUCAUCUAUAACGUCAGCUGGAACUACAACGGUAGCCUGUUCUGCACCACCUGCAAGGACCGUCGCCUCCGAGUGUGCGAUCCCCGGAAAAACGAGGUGGUGGCGGAAAGACUGUGCCCACAUGAGGGUAUCCGGCCAAUGAGAGCCAUUUUUACCAAAGAGGGCAACAUUUUCACCACAGGGUUUACCAAGAUGAGCCAGAGAGAGCUUGGCCUGUGGGAUCCGACUAAUUUUGAAGAGCCCAUAGCACUACUUGAGCUGGACACAAGUAAUGGAGUUUUAUUGCCUUUUUAUGAUCCAGACACUAACAUUGUGUAUCUCAGUGGCAAGGGUGACAGCAGUAUUCGGUAUUUUGAGAUCACAGAGGAGCCUCCCUAUGUGCAUUACAUCAGCACAUUCAGUAGCAAGGAGCCACAGAGAGGAAUGGGCUUCAUGCCCAAGAGAGGAGUGGACGUCAGCAAGUGUGAGAUUGCCAGAUUAUAUAAACUCCAUGAAAGAAAGUGUGAGCCUAUUAUGAUGACAGUACCCAGAAAGUCAGACCUGUUCCAGGAUGAUCUGUACCCAGACACAGCAGGCCCAGAGCCGGCUCUGGAACCUGAGGAAUGGAUGCACGGACAAGACGCAGACCCCUUAUUAGUGUCCAUGAGGGAUGGUUAUGUUCCUCCAAAGACCAGAGAGCUAAAGGUGGCCAAGAAGAAUGUUCUAGACAGCAGACCUGCAACACGUAGAAGCAUGUCUGCCGUAGAUGGAAGUAGUUUGCCCCCUCAGUUGUUGGAGAAGCUUGUUGAGGAGAUCCAAAAUCUGAAGGCCACAGUUCUUUCUCAGGAGAAACGAAUCUGUGACUUAGAGAAUAAGCUCUCUAAAUACACUAAUGGUACAGUCUGAAUAAAGUUCUCAUCCUGUGCACACUGCCCAACUCACUGCUAACCCCUUACAACUAAAGUAUGAGCACAGAUAGGCCAAGCCACCUCAACUCACCCCAGCUUUAAUCAACACCGUAACUCCGGUUCAACUGGCUGUACCGCCACUUGACUUCUUGACUUCACAGGCUUUUUCUAAAUGUGAAUAAAUCACCUAUACAGUAGUUACAUUUCAAUUCAUUAGGAGGUUUAAUUUGGCAAAGGCACUUAUAAUGCUCGUGCUGAUGCUUUGUAGAAUUUUUUUUUAUAUAUUGUGUAGUAGCUCACAAUAUUAGCAAUAUUCCUUAAAUGCUUAAGGAAUAUACCAGGAAGAAUUUAUGUCAGCUAUGCAAAAGGUAGGAAAAACCACCUUCAUUUUAGGAUUUACAAAUCCUUUAAUGUACAUACUGCUUUUUACUAUUCAAUGCUGACAAAGAAUGACAGAAGAAAUGUAGCUACAGCUUUCUGUAGUGGUUAACAGUCACAGUGUCUUUGGUAGUCUCUGUCUAAACAUACCUCAUUGUAAAAACCAGGACUUGGGAUCAGAUGGUAGCAUAUGUAGCUCUUAUUUGGUCAGCUCUGGACAAGCAACAUCUAAAGCAUGACUAUAAUAUGUCAGGACAGUAGCGGGCUCAUUAAUGCUGCCAAUACACUACACGAUUUUGAAAUAAUCAGAGUGCUGUUCUUUUCACACUGCGCUAACUUUUUGGGGUAUCAUGAAGUUGCUGUGCUUUGCACAUAACAUAACAGAUCUGUGACUGUGGGCCACACAUCAAACAAUUUCAGUAGGAACAAUCCCCAUUUCUCAUUUACAAAAUGCAUUUGCGAGAAGUGAUACAGGAUCUCACAUGAUAUCAUGCAUGAACGGAAUUAUGGCGUGUAACUGGUAUUUCUUCAAAUCAAAAUGGUUAUCAAGAAGCUUGCAAUCUACAAAAACUGAGAAAAUACGAAUAUGGAGAAGAGAUUGGUUGAGAAGAUGACUUCUCAAUAUUUCCCUUGCGCUAUAUUUUGUUCUCCUCACAUUAGCUGUAGGUCAUCACUAAUGUCAUUUCCAGUCAAAACACAUUUCACACUGCAAGAUUUCAUAGUGGCCCAGAUAUUUAGCCUGCUAAUUAAUUUUCAGGCAUUAGUGCUUUUCUCAAAUUGUGUCUUGCUCCACUUUAUUACCUUGCACUAUAUGGUAGUCACUCAUGUGAACGAGCACUGAUUUGCCUCAGAUUUAAGGCUGACCUCCAGAAAAACCUUCUUGUUGGGGAUCUCCAGAAAAAAUAGGUCCUAAAAUCUUGUAGUGUAUAUCUCAUUGCCAUUUUAUCACAGUGGAAUAGUUCACCCAAAAAUUAUGUACUUUUCUUGAUACACUGAUCCUCAUAUUGGUCCAAAGUAUUAAAGUUUGUUUUUUGGUAAAAUAUUAGAGUUAUUGCUAAAUGUCCAAGCUGCUGUUUUCCAUACACUGAAUGUGAUUGAUUACUCAGUAAGUGGAGUAAUCAAAAAUGACAACAAAAAAAGCGGAACAUGAAACUCGUGCGCUAUAUUCCGAAAUGUUCUGAAGACUUACAAUAACUUUUUGUGGGGAACAAACAUGGCAUCACAAGAUGCAUCAUGCCAUCAAUGCCAUGGAAGAUAUUUGGUUCUUGCACAGCAGAUUCCACAAAUUUUAACAUCUUUAAAUCAAAGCAAGCACAUAAAAUAUAUUUGAGAGCAGAAGGAAUUAAUAAUAAUGAACUGUUCUUCAUAGAAAAUGUAUAGACCACAUAGUUUCAGAAGACUUGGCAUAUAGUGUAUGUGUUUGUUGGUGUGUAUUAGUAUUAUACUUUGGUUACACUUUAUUUUAAGGUGUCCUUGUUACAUUGCAUUUAUUAACUUAAGUAGUGAGUAAUAUUAAUUAACUACAUGUACUUAGAAUAUGGCAAGGGUUAAGAUUAGGGUUUGGUUUAGAGUUACUUGCAUGUAAUUAUGCAUCAUUUAUUGUUAUAGUUAUUAUUAUAAUAGCAACUACAUGUGAAGUGUAACAGGAACACCUUAAAAUAAAGCGUGACCUAUACUUUUUUUUUUAUGAAAUUUUGAAGAUUGACCGAAUCAUAACACACUUUCAAUGCAUGAGAAAAACCAGCUUGAAUUCUAGAUUAGAUUAAAACGUAUUUAAAUGAGAACUAAAUUUUCAUCUUUGGGUGAACAAUUCCUUAAUGCAGAUGCAGGUGGCUCCUGGGAAAAUCUUUACAUAAAGAUAUCAAAUGUAAAUCUAAUGAGCAAAGUAUGUUUGCACAGACAAGAUUAUCUCCAUUUGUCUCUCUUUGUAAGACUGCUUGCAUUAUUGACUCUUAAAAUGCUACUAACCUCUCACUUUACACACCUCUCUAUUUCCAGCUUUGACCAACACAAUUAAAACUCAUGUGGCUUCUGAAAUUAACACUUCAAAAUGUAUAUAUUAUUCUAAAAAACAUGAAAAAAAAAGCAAAAUAUCAAAACCAAAGACAUUGUUUUAUGUUUAUGUAGAGGAUAUUAUGGUUUGAAUAAAACCUUUUGUACAAAAAAAACAAA